AUGACAACUGCCCCACCAUCACCAUCCACAAGCUCACCACCUGCCAAACGGUUGAAAUCAUCUAUCGCAAAACCAGAUGUAAUCACCACUGACUCAUUCACAGAGAUCAAUGAAGCCCCCAUCAAAUCAGAGUUCCUACCUAACACGAAUGGAUCUGCAACUAUAACACCGAAAGAAGAUGGACCAUCUACCUCUACCACUGCAUCUUCGAGCAAACCCCAGGCUGUGCAGGUUCAGGGGAAGAAGAAGAAGAAUAGAAAGAUAAAGAGGACUUUACCCGAAAAGUACUCUUCGGCAGAUGUGACUUUCCAUGAUAUACGAGACUUCCUCGGACCAAAGGUUGUGGAUGAGAUUUUGGAUAAGAAUGAUGGGACUGAGUGGGAAGCUCCGGAGGGAUUGGAGUUGUAUAAGGAGGUGGUUCUUGAUGUGGGAGCAUUUACGGUUUCUGGCGAAUCAAUAUCUUUAUACCCAAAUCCAUCAAAUAAACCUUGGGCUAUCACCACUCCCUUUGCUCAUCCUGGAGAUAAGAUACGGGUGAAGAUAUUCAAACAUGAUAGAUUAUCUAGUUAUGCGGAUCUGUUGGAGAUAUUAGACUAUAGUGAGGAAUAUAGAGGGGGAGAAGGUGAUAGGAGGAAGUAUCCUGAGGGGGGAUGUAAAUACUUUGGAGAGUGCGGAGGAUGUCAACUCCAACCUGUCCCCUACCCACUCCAACUCCUCCACAAAAAACGCACCGUCGAACUAGCCUAUCAGCGAUUCUCCAAUUUACCUUCAAAUGUUCUACCAGUUAUACAAUCCACGAUUGGAUCUCCCAAACAAUGGCAAUACCGGACGAAGAUCACACCUCAUUUCGAUGCUCCGCCGAAAUGGUAUCAGAGACAAUUGAAAGAGAAGGCAACGGCCACGGCGACUACGGAAGAAGGCCAGAUGAAUGCUGUGGAGCAGGAGAGGGGAUGGGAAACGAGGAUUGGGUUUGAGCGGAAAGGGAAACCCGGUGUGUUGGAUAUUGAGGAAUGUCCAAUAGCAACGCCUGUUUUGAAUCAGAAGUUGACCGAGGAAAGGAAGAGGGUACAAGAUACGAUCCUCUCAUUCACUCGUGGAGCUACAAUCCUCCUCCGAGAUUCUUUACCUACUCCCUCACUUAUCCCAACCGCCGAAUCACCUUACAUCCCUUCUUCGAAUGAAGAACAAGAACAUGUAGCAAUAACAAACCACAAACUCGACGUAUACGAGAAAGUUGGCAAAUACCUAUUUUCAUUCAGUGCUGGAUCAUUCUUCCAGAAUAACAAUUCGAUCCUAGUCCCCUUGACGGAAUACGUCAAAGAAGCCAUCUUCCCUUCGUCAGAAGGGUAUACUGGAAAAUUACCUACUCACUUGGUCGAUACUUAUUGUGGUUCGGGUUUAUUUGGGAUCACCCUCUCGGAUAGGUUUGAGAGAGUAGCUGGAGUGGAAAUUUCAGAUCAGUCGAUCAUUGCUGCGAAAAAGAAUGCUGAGAUGAAUGGUCUGGGGGAUAAGACGACUUGGUUAUGUGGUAAAGCGGAGGAUAUAUUUGGAGGGUUGGGGGAAAAGGGUUUUGAAGGUGGGGAAAGUUGUGUGGUCGUUGAUCCACCAAGAAAAGGAUGCGACGAACCGUUCCUCACCCAAUUACUGGUCUUCAAACCCCUCACGAUUGUCUAUGUAUCUUGUAAUGUCCAUACCCAAGCUAGGGAUGUAGGGUAUUUGAUAAGGGAAAGUGCCAAUUGGGUUGAAAAGAAAUAUGUGGUAGAGAGUUUGAGAGGAUUUGAUCUGUUUCCUCAGACCGCUCAUGUGGAAAGUGUCGCUGUACUGCGAUUAGUGGAGAACUAG